GACCAAGCAGCAACAGAGGGACAGCAGCAACCUUAGAGACCCCAGCACUGCCCCUCCAGCGGAACAAUGCUGCUAGCAACAUUCAAGCUGUGUGCUGGGAGCUCCUACAGAUAUGCCCGCAACAUGAAGGCCCUGAGGCACCAAGCUGUGCUGACCCUCGGCCAGGAGCUGAACCGCAGGGCGCUGGGGGGCCCCACUCCCGGCGUGUGGAUUGACCAGGUGCGGCUCCGGAGCUCUCUGCUUGGUUCUCAACUGGAAGAAACUCUCUACAGUGACGAGGAGCUGGCCUAUCUGCAGCAGGGAGAAGAGGCCAUGCAGAUGGCCUUGGGAAUCCUCAGCAACCAGGAGGGCUGGAAGAAGGAGAGCCAGCAGGCAAAUGGGGACAAAGUGCUGAGCAAAGUGGUCCCGGAUGUGGGCAAGGUGUUCCGACUGGAGGUGGUGGUGGAGCAGCCCAUGGAAAGACUCUAUGAAGAGCUGGUGGAGCGCAUGGAGGCGAUGGGGGAAUGGAACCCCAACGUCAAGGAGAUCAAGGUCCUACAGAAGAUCGGCAAGGAUACCGUCAUCACCCACGAGCUGGCUGCAGAAUCCGCAGGGAACCUGGUGGGGCCCCGGGACUUCGUGACUGUGCGCUGUGCCAAGCGCCGAGGCUCCACCUGUGUGUUGGCGGGCAUGGCCACGCACUUCGGGCAGAUGCCUGAGCAAAAUGGGGUCAUCAGAGCGGAGCAGAGGCCCACUUGCAUGGUGCUCCACCCGCUGGCGGGAAAUCCCUCCAAGACCAAACUCACCUGGCUGCUCAGUAUUGACCUCAAGGGGUGGCUGCCCAAGACCAUCAUCAACCAGGUCCUAUCACAGACCCAGGUAGACUUUGCCAACCACCUGCGAAAGCGCCUGGAAUCCAGCCCUGUCCUGGAGGCCAGGUGUUAAAGGCCAGCC